UCGCUGCAGGGGCGAGGACAGGAGGGUGAUGUUUCAUUUUAUCGGAAUACCAAAACCAGCAGCAGCAGCAACUGCAGCAACGUUGUCGUCUAGUUAGGAUGACGUGUAGCAUCGGAGGCCGAUUUGACGCGAGUGUCAUAGUCGAUUUUCAUUGCAUUGUGAAUAGUAUCAGCAAUAGUAGCAGCAGCAGCAGUUGCCCGAACAUCAAAAUAAGUAAGCAGCGAUCGACGAUCUUGGAUACGCGGGGUCGAUUGGACUUUGAGCGGUCAAAGAUUAGACGAGAUGUUGGACAAGAAGAGGCGUCGCUUCGCUCUGCACCACAGAUAAAUCGACGUCGUCCUAACGCGAGCAUCGGUUUUCUAACAACGUGCUCGAUACCCAGAACUGUAGAGAAAAUUUCAUUACUGGAGCGUAAUAUCGAUACGUGAUUUUUAUCGUCAUUCGCCGAUUUCUUUCAAGAAGAUCGAUCAAAAAAAUUCACAACAAGAAGUAAAUAAUAAUUCAAAUGGCGUUCAAGCUGGAAGAAGGUCCCAUUGGAUCAGACACGCUUGCCCUCGCGGUUGCCGAACUCAGAGAAACUGAAGAGAAUAAAAAAAAUGCAUUAGCCGAACUCAAGAAACUACUUGAAGCCGACAAGACGCUUUACUUCAACACCGAGGAUGAUUUUCUCACGAUAUUCCUUCGCCCGUGCAAGUUCUACCCCGAAAGCGCGUUCGCGUUGAUGAAGAGAGUGGCGGAUUUCAAGGUGAAGAAUGCCUCGCUGCUGGACGAUCUCAUGCCGCAAGAUGAGAGGACUUCGUUCCUCGAGAACAAUGUGGUGAACGUACUGAAGAAUCGUGACCAGAAGGGAAGACGCGUGCUCAUAGUGAACGCCGGGAAAAGUUGGGACCCAUCAAAAGUCAACGCCGAUCAGUUAUUCAGAGUAUUUUAUCUCAUUCACGACGUUGCCAUGUGGGAACCCGAAAGCCAGGUCCGAGGCGUCGUGGUGAUAAUGGACUUUGACGGUCUUACGAUGUCGCAGGUCUUGGCGAUGUCUCCGGCUUUCAGCUUGAGACUUCUCACCUUUAUUCAAGACGCCAUACCGCUCCGUCUCAAAGAGGUCCACAUAGUGAAGCAACCGUUCCUCUUCAACAUGGUGUGGACUAUGUUCAAGCCGAUCGUCAGGUCGAAACUCAAGUCCCGCAUGUUCUUCCACGGCAGCAAAAUGUCCUCGCUUCACAAACACCUGGAACCGAGUCACCUGCCCGCCAACUACGAUGGCAAAUUACCUCCCCUCGAUUACACUUCGGCCGAUUGGUACCCCGCGCUGAUCGAGCACGAGGAUAAAAUCAGAGCAUGGAACUCUUACGGACAUCGGAAGAAUUAGGAAUUGAAAUAUUCGAAUUGAAGCAGACUGAAUUUUACGUUUUUACAAACUAAUUGAUAAAUAUAUAAUUUUUGAAUAAUUUUUACCAUAUUUGCUCUGUAAAUUAUGCAUAUGAAAUAUACGAAGUUUGUCAAAUAUACAUAGGAAGAAGAAAUGCGGAGAUUUUGAACCUGUAAAAUUAUUUUCCAACGUUCAACGAAAUACUGAUAAUAAAAAGAUUCACAGAA